AUGUCAGAACCACAGCACACUGCUAUCCCCGGAUUCACACUCAUCGCCCCCACCAUCUGGGAACAGCGACCAAUUGGCCGCGGGGAAAGCUUCUCAAAUAUCGAGCCUCCAUCGCUGAUUAUCGUACUGCCUUGGACGGGGGCACACGGUCGUCAUGUCGCAAAAUACACCGAGGCCUACCAAACAAUGUUUCCAUCCGCAUCCAUCCUCUGCAUCACCACAUCGACGAAAGACCUCUGCUUGCGGUCGUCAAAAAGAAAGCAGCAGCGCCUCCAGCCCGCUGUCGCACACAUACUCGAGCACGUCGAACGCAACAACGACCGUGCGAACAUACUUGUCCACGCCUUCUCGGAAGGCGGUUCCAACAAAGCGGUCGAGCUUGCAGAGGCAUACUCCCAGACCACCGGCACACGGCUCCCAUGCUCAGCCAUGUGUCUCGACAGCACACCCGGUCACCCUCGAUACCUACGCCUCUGCAACGCGCUCAAGAAGUCCCUCCCACCCAUCCCAAUUUUGAAUUGCACCGGCUUGCUCGUCGGGGGCGCGUUGUUAGGCGGCAUCUGGAUCCUCUACAAAUGCAUCAAGGGCCACGACAACAACGUCAUCUCGCGCACGCGUUGGCGGCUGCAGGAUCCCAAUCACUGGGAUCCAACAGCACCACGAUGCUAUCUCUACUCGAAGGGAGACCGGCUCAUUGCCUGGAAGGAUAUAAGAGAACACGUAGGCGAGGCUGUGAAAUCUGGCGCGCCGGUCAUGGAUGUUUGCUUCGAGGAUACCGCGCAUUGCAAGCAUGCGGCGGCGCAUCCAGAUAGAUAUUGGGGCGCUGUAGCUUUGACGUGGAAGAGGACCUGCAUUGACAAGGAGAAGAGGGAUUCAAAGAUCGAUCUGCAGAAAGAUACCAUUGAGCCCGUCGUUUCGAUCCCAAAACCAACUACCAAUUACAUCUCCGACCACAACAUGGCCGCUGCAACCAACAAGCCUACUGCGCUUCGUCAGUCCUCCGACAUCAGUGUCUCAAGCAACACAUCGUCAAAGCGCUCCAUCCGGGUCGCGGCUUCGUCGUUUCGCGCAGCUCUGAAGAAGCCGUUUAGAGGGUGGACGAAGGAGGCUCUGUGGGCGAAGUCGGGUCUCGACGAUGUUUACAAUUUCCCGACUGUGAGGAGGAGAGGUGCUGGAGAGGAUUCGACCGACAGUCACGGACAUUGA